CAAAAACCAAUCAAAUGUCCUCCAUUCUCCGUGUGCUUCGCAAUCACGCAUUGCGUGGGAUAAAGGUAGUUUGGUGGAAUAACGAAGAUAAUCAUCAAUAAUGGGAAUUGGCGAAGAUCUCCUACCCAAAGAUCUGCCAGAAGUCCUGGUGAUUAAACCUCCACCGCCCAUGAUCCUUUUCGGGGACGAAUUCAUUGCAAAGAAAUUCAAAAUCCUGAAAGCAUGGGAGUCACCACUCCCUCUAGACCAAUUCUUGACUAAUUAUGCACAUUCAGUUAAAGCCGUACUCUGCUCUGGGGCCUCUCCCAUCAGUCCCCAAGUACUCAACUUUCUUCCAUCACUGCGACUUGUUGUGACAGCGAGUGCCGGCAUAAACCACAUUGAUUUGCCUGAGUGUCGCCGUCGUGGAAUUUCUGUUGCUAACUCCGGCAACGUGCUUUCUGAAGAUGGCGCUGAUGCGGCUGUGAGCUUGUUAAUUGACGUGUUCAGAAGGAUUUCGGCUGCUGAUGGUUAUGUCAAACAAGGACUUUGGGCUUCCAGAGGAGAUUAUCCUCUUGCUUCUAAGUUGGGAGGCAAGCGAGUUGGGAUUGUGGGACUGGGGAACAUUGGCUUACAAGUUGCCAAAAGGCUGGAGGCCUUUGGCUGUAAUAUAUUGUACAACUCAAGGAAGAAAAAGCCAGUAUCAUACCCCUUCUUUUCCGAUGUUUGUGAACUUGCAGCUAAUAGCGAUGCCCUCAUCCUUUGUUGUGGAUUCACUGACCAAACUCGCCACAUGAUCAACAGAGAAGUUUUAUUGGCACUAGGCAAGGAAGGUGUAAUUGUUAAUGUUGGACGUGGGGCUAUUAUUGAUGAAAAGGAAAUGGUGCAAUGUUUGGUGCAGGGAGAGAUUGCAGGUGCUGGUUUGGAUGUGUUUGAGAACGAGCCAAAUAUCCCUAAAGAGUUCUUUACAAUGGAUAAUGUUGUGCUGUCGCCACACGCGGCUGUAUUUACCUCAGAAUCAUUCCUAGAUUUGUGUGAACUUGUGGUGGGGAACUUGGAAGCAUUCUUCUCAAAUAAACCAUUACUUUCUCCAGUCACAGAUGAGUGAAUUGUGUUUCUAUUUACAUGUUUCUCUACUAUAUUUCAUAGCUCUUUUCCUCCACUUAUUGGAUAACCUUUGCCCUUAUAGUAGAAGUUAUGCGGGGUCUAAGGCUAUCCUGGGUUUAGGUGAUAAGGAUAAGCCACAUGGGCAAAUCAAAUCAAAAGGAUCUACUCUAUUUCAUAGCUCUUUUCUGGGAAGUGUCGCUUAUAAGUGCCCUAGCUCGCAUGAUGCAGUGGAGCUGCGAUUGCAAUGUCAACUAAUCCGACAGAAUGCUCAGGUUUGUAACUAUUAUGGUUAACUCUGGUGCUUAAACAAUUCUCUGAAUAACCAAAUAGGAGAAGAAAAGGAAGAUGAUAGAUGUUUAAUUGUUUGUAUUGA